AUGAAAUCCAUCAGCUUCGUCAAGUAUCCAGCGCAAAAUACUCACUCGAUCCAAAUGCCUUAUCUAAGCCUCUGCCGGCGGCAACAGCCUCUGUGGGAAAUCAUCAAUCUCUGCCUCUUUGCCUGCUCCCGCCUCACACGGCUGCUGACCUCUCAAAAUUCCUACUUACCAUACAACUACAUCACAAACGCUGCUCUCUGGGGCCUCGUUUGCUACCUCGAUUUACCAUAUCUGCUAACAACCGCUCUGAGCAUUACCCUCCAACGGUUGGAAUCCCUCAGCCAGAACACAAUCUUGCACGCAUUCGCUCGCUGCGUACUUACCGAGUCGAACUUCAACAACCUCGGCAGCGCAAUCUUCGACUACUACGUCUCGCCUCCUGUCCUGGACAUCAUCGACGCUCUGAUCAACCCAAACCGGACUCCUACUCGCACCGUGAAAGCAGCAUCAGCUGGGGGAAUGGUACUGGACAUUUUUCCAACAUCAAAACCACAAAAUGCAGUGGGAAACAUGGUGGCAUGCGUGGCCCGUGAAAUGUUCAUGCUGAUGCUUCGCUGGCUGUUUAAGGGGCUUGUAUGCUGCAGCUCGCAGGAGCAGGAACAUCCCUCGGAUACACAGCAGCAAUCCACACCAAUAAAUGAAGGAGGAAAUGGAGACGAUCAAACGUCUGAGCAGCGAGAAUCCGACGACAAGGGCCGACAAGACAGCUGGGAUAGUGGCUAUGGAGGAAGUGAGCAAAGCGCCAACGAUGCCGGUAAUGGGAACGGAGGGGAAGAGGAUGGUAAUGGCGAGUCCGGCUCUCAGGAAGAAGAGGAUGAGGAGAAGGAGAAGGAUGGAGACGAGGAUGAGCACAGUGACCAGGAUGAAGAAAGCGACGAGGAAAAGGAGGAGGGGAGCAGAGACGACAAGAGUGAAGACCGGGAGGAGGAAGAAGAAGAAGAAGAAGAAGAAGAAGAAGAGAACAAGACUGAAGACGAUGCUGCUGAUGUCAAUGCUGCUGUCGCUGCUAUGCCAGGAGACGAAGUCGAAGAAGGAAAUAUUACACUAACGACCGUCGACGAUCAUGACCACGACAUCGACGGCGGCGAAGAGGAGGAGGAAGAAGACCCAGAGCAGCCCGAGCAGUUCAGAUUCGUUCGAUACGAUGCUCUGGGCCGAAGAAAUGCAUGGGACUUCUCGAAUAUACCAACCAUCCGGGACAGGAACACCGCUUUCUUGUUGCGACGAGCUCAACGAGCUUGUCGCCGUGGUCGGGAGUAG